GCGCACACCGGAGACCCAGCUAGCCGCCCGCGGCCCGGGCCUGGCGGAGGCGGGGCCGUACGGGGUUCCCACCCCCACCCGGAAUCCUUGCCCCGGAGAAACCCGGGAGUCCCGGAGCGCUGGAGGAAGUGCACCGAGACCCCCCCACCCCGUUCCGAUCCCGCCUCCCGCCUGCGGACUUGGGGAGCCGCCGGACUCUUCUUCGGACACCGGAGACUCGAGACGGGAGCCCCCUCGAGGUGAAGCCUCCGAGUUCCCGGGCCUCCGCCCGGCGUUCCCUGGGAGCGCCGAGGGACCCCAGUCUGCACACGCAACUUCCCGCUUUUCACCUGGGACUGGUGGAGAGAGCGGUGGACUUAGACGUUGGCACUUAAGGACAAGGGCGCCCUGUUGCCCGGGUCACCAGUUGGGGCGAGGGGACGUAUUCCUUGCCCCCGGCCUCUGCUUGGAUGGCGCGGCCGGCUGAGUGAGGGGGCGGCGCGCAGGACUUCCCCACCUGGACCUCUUGUUUUCGAGGGGGAAGAUGUACGAGAGUGUGGAAGUGGGGGGGCUCGCCCCCACCCCUAACCCCUUCCUAGUGGUGGAUUUUUAUAACCAGAACCGGGCCUGUUUGCUCCCGGAGAAGGGGCUCCCCGCCCCGGGUCCCUACUCCACUCCGCUCCGGACUCCGCUUUGGAAUGGCUCAAACCACUCCAUCGAGACCCAGAGCAGCAGUUCCGAAGAGAUAGUGCCCAGCCCUCCCUCACCACCCCCUCUGCCUCGCAUCUACAAGCCUUGCUUUGUCUGUCAAGACAAAUCCUCAGGCUACCACUAUGGGGUCAGCGCCUGUGAGGGCUGCAAGGGCUUCUUCCGCCGCAGUAUCCAGAAGAACAUGGUGUACACGUGUCACCGGGACAAGAACUGCAUCAUCAACAAGGUGACCCGGAACCGCUGCCAGUACUGCCGGCUGCAGAAGUGCUUCGAAGUGGGCAUGUCCAAGGAGUCUGUGAGGAACGACCGAAACAAGAAGAAGAAGGAGGUGCCCAAGCCCGAGUGCUCCGAGAGCUACACCUUGACGCCGGAGGUGGGGGAGCUCAUCGAGAAGGUGCGCAAAGCGCACCAGGAAACCUUCCCUGCCCUCUGCCAGCUGGGCAAAUAUACUACGAACAACAGCUCAGAACAGCGUGUGUCUCUGGACAUUGACCUCUGGGACAAGUUCAGUGAACUCUCCACCAAGUGCAUCAUUAAGACUGUGGAGUUCGCCAAGCAGCUGCCCGGUUUUACCACCCUCACCAUUGCCGACCAGAUCACCCUCCUCAAGGCUGCCUGCCUGGACAUCCUGAUCCUGCGGAUCUGCACGCGGUACACACCUGAGCAGGACACAAUGACCUUCUCGGACGGGCUGACCCUGAAUCGGACCCAGAUGCACAACGCUGGCUUCGGCCCCCUCACGGACCUGGUCUUUGCCUUCGCCAACCAGCUGCUGCCCCUGGAGAUGGAUGAUGCUGAGACUGGGCUGCUCAGUGCCAUCUGCCUCAUCUGCGGAGACCGGCAGGACCUGGAGCAGCCAGACAGGGUAGACAUGCUGCAGGAACCACUGCUUGAGGCGCUGAAGGUCUAUGUGCGGAAACGGAGGCCCAGCCGUCCCCACAUGUUCCCCAAGAUGCUGAUGAAGAUCACGGACCUGCGAAGCAUCAGUGCCAAGGGGGCCGAGCGAGUGAUCACCCUGAAGAUGGAGAUCCCAGGCUCCAUGCCACCUCUUAUCCAGGAAAUGCUGGAGAACUCGGAGGGCUUGGACACUCUGAGCGGACAGCCAGGGGGUGGGGGACGGGAUGGGGGUGGCCUGGCCCCCCCACCAGGCAGCUGUAGCCCCAGCCUCAGCCCCAGCUCCAACAGAAGCAGCCCAGCCACCCACUCGCCGUGACCACCAUGCCACUUGGACACAGCCCUGGCCCCAUGUCCCGGCUUUCUCUGCCUCCUACCAACCAUGCAACCCUGCCAGCCCUGCCCCCUUCGGCCUCCCAGACAGAACUGGGGACCUUCCCAGGGGACAGGAGGGAGGAGGCAGCAACUCUUUGGACAAAGGCCUGGGCUCGCGAUGGACUGCCCUGCUCUGCAGCCUGUGCUGGCGUCGGGGGCCAGGCAGUGAGCUGAGAGAGGACCCGGGCCUGGACCUUGUGUUUGUCGAGACAGCCCUGGUCACCUUGCCAUGUCUUCAUCACCAGCAAUGCCGGGACCUGGCUCCCCACCCUCCGAACUCAAGCCAUUGCUCCCCGGUUGGGGAACCUCCCCCUGCCUCGGUUGGUGACAGAGGGGUGGCCGGGGUGGGGGGUUCCCCCUGUAUAUACCCUGCCAUACCAACACCCAGGUAUUAAUUCUCGCUGGUUUUGUUUUUUAAUUUUUUUGUUUUGAUUUUUUUAAUAAGAAUUUUCAUUUUAAGCACA